GCUCGCAUUCAUCUCGCGCAAGCGCGGCACGGUCUUAGCGCGAUGUGCGUAUAAAGUAUGUGAUCCCCUCCCGCCAUGGCUUAUAGAUCCAGGUCUGCGACUUCCAGGUUAUCGACGAAUACACUCUCUCCAGUCACUCUUUGACAUCACGUUCUCUACGCCCUUCGGCAACACAUUCACUCAACCCAAAACUUCAAAAAGCAUUUCGUCAAACCGACCAGUCCACUCAGUCAAUUCAUCACCACCUCAACAAACAUCAUCAAAAUGCGCUCCACUACUGCCAUCCUCGCCCUUGCCGGCUCUGCUCUCGCAGCUCCCCACUGGUCCCAGCCCGAAUACAAGGAGGUUCAGAACGUUCACGUCGUUUACGAGACUGUCGUUCACACUGUCUACUACACCGAGGACCAGGCCCAGGCCGCUAAGCCCACCAAGGCUUCCACCACCCCCUACCAGACUCCUGUCGUGACCACCACCGUUGUCUACCAGGAGAGCACCCCCGCUCCCGCCGCCAGCACUGUUGUCGUCGAAUACUCUCAGGCCCCUGUUCCCACCACCAGCGAGCCUGCCGCCACCUCUACCGCCCCUGCUCCUUCUUCCACCGCCUCCGGCUACCAGGCCAUUGUCGACACAUGGCGUGCUAAGAUGGGCCUGAAGGCUCUUACCAAUGACGCCAAGCUCGAGUCCAACGCCAUGGACACCGUGGUCUCUUCGAACGGCCAGAUGGUCCACAAGCUUAACCCCGGCUCUUACGGCCAGGUCCUUGCUCCCGGCAACGCUGACGACUUCGAGCACGUUUUCGUCGGCGGCUGGCUCUGCGAGAUCCCUACUCUCCCCGGUCUUGACGGUGUCUGCGCCACUCAGUCCGAGGGCUGGGCCUACGCCGGCCAGACCGGUCACGCUGAGAUUCUCACCUCUGACAACUACUCCAAGAUCGGCUGUGCUCUGUACGCCGGUAUCUGGUGCUGCGAUCUCGCUUAAACGAUUCACGCAUCAUGGAGAUGAGAUAUCCGGGGGAGUUGGAGGCAUCAUCUUGGCUUGGGAAAGCUCGCAUAGCACGCGCUGGACAAACUUCACUUCUUCACUUGUAUCGUACGUUGGUUGUACGUUUCUUGUUCACCUUAGGGGCAGUAUUGCGCUGCAAUUGACUAUUCAUGAAUUAU